AUGGGUUCCUUAAUCAUUUUUCUGACAAAAGCGAAGCCGUAUUUGGCUGCUAUAUUCUUACGUAUUGUGUUUGCAGGUUUGUUUAUAAUCGGAAAGCGCGCUCUAAACGUGGGAAUGAAUCAUUACACCUUUACUGUCUACAGGAAUCUGAUCGCCGCCAUUGUCUUUGGCCCUCUCGCCUUAGUAUUCGAAAGGGUUCUUGAUCAAAACUUGUACUAUGCUGGAAUGAAAGAUACAACAGCAUCUUUUGCAACGACAAUCUACAACUCUCUUCCUGUCAUAAACUUUCUGCUGGCUUUGCUGUUCAGGCUUGAGAAGGUGAAAUUUAGAAGCUUACACGGCCAGGCAAAGGUUAUUGGAACUUUUGUCAGCGUUGGUGGAGUCUUGGCGAUGACAUUUAUCAAAGGACCUGUUAUCGGAUUGCCAUGGACCAAACACAAACCCACAAGUGCUGCAAAUUAUCACCAAAAUUCCAUUAAAGGCCCUCUCAUGAUCUUAGGAUCUUGUUUUUUUUCGGCCAGUUUUAAUAUUCUUCAGGCAAAAACACUGGAGUCGACAUACACAGCUUUACUCUCCCUCACGGCUAUGAUAAGUGCAGCUGUUGGUUUCGAAGGCUUUAUAGCAUCUGUUUUGUUUGAGAAGGGCAUUAAUUUAACAAUUUGGUCGAUACAUUGGGAUAUUAAACUAUUAGCUUAUGUCUAUGGAGGAAUCUUUUGUUCAGGACUUGCUACUUAUAUAUCAGGAUAUAUAUUACAAGAAAAAGGACCGGUGUUCUUAACAUCAUUUAAUCCUCUAACCAUGUUGAUUGUUGCUGGUGUGGGCAGUUUCAUUUUAGCAGAGCAAUUGGAUUUGGGAAAGGUUGUAGGAGGGAUUGUUAUAGUGGUUGGGGUGUACCUGGUGCUAUGGGGUAAGACCAAGGAUGACCAUAAUAGCUCAUCUAUGGUGCACACAGAAGAGGAAUUACCAUCAAUUAGACAACAAAUUUCUGCACUAAAUUCAUCUUCUAUGAAGGCCUUAUCAAGUGAUGGCUCCCAAGCAACAGCUGCAGGGAUUGCUUAA